AUGGCGGGUGAGGAGGAGACGCGGCUGGGGGAGGUGGCGCGUGACGCUGCCGUGGCGAGAACAAGGAGGGAAAAGGAGGUGUUAGGAGCGGUAAGGGAGGCAGGGAGAGUGGUGGCGCAGCUGGCAGAGAAGAUCGAGGAGGAAGCUGGGAGGAUUAGGGGAGCCGCUGUGUGGAUCGAGAACACGUACUACGAGCCCCGAACCUCCCGACUCCCGUCCAUUCCUCCGCUUCCCCAUCCCACUCCCCGCGGCACAGUUCUUGCGCUUCCUUUCUGCACCUGCAGAGGACGUGCGGGGGAGCACGCGAGUGGCAGUGAGGCAGGUCCGCGCACAGGGGGAGAGAUGUGCGCGAGGGGUGGGGGAGGACGCGCAAGGGACGGCAGUGGGGGAGGCGGUGAAGGCGGAGGAGGAUGGGGGGCGAGCGGUGAACGGGGCGUGGGGGAAGGCGCGGAGGCUGGGGGGCGGAUUCCGUCGAGUAAGAGGCUCCGGGAGCCAGAGGAGAGGGCGAGUGGGGAGGGGAAGAAGCAGAGAGACGUGGAGGGGAAGGGAAAUGGUGUAGUAGUGAGAGAAAAUGGGGGAGAGGAGGGGUUGAGGGGGGCGAUGGAAGAAGUGGAGAGGGCGAUGGAGGAGGUGCGGGGGUGUGUGGAGGAGCGGGUGGCUGAGAUUCUCAAAGUGGUGCCGCGGGUUGCAGACCGGUUGGACGGGAGGGCGUUAAAUGACGAGCCGGGGUGGACGUGGAGAGAAGCCAUGGUGCAUGCCUUGUCGCAACCUGGCAUGGCAGAGGUGCGCUGGUGCUGUGAUGCACGACAGGUGGGCACAUGUCACGUACUGCAUAUUGCAUGCACCUCUUGUGCGUAG